AUGGCCGCCCCAGCUGAUGUCACUAUUAAGAACCUGAGCGGUGAAUGGGUGAUGGAUGCAACCCUGUCCAACCCAACCGACCCCAUCCUAGCCCUGCAAGGAAUGGGCUGGAUCAUGCGCAAAGGCCUAUCCUACGCAACCGUAACCCUCUACGUACACAGCUACCCAGACACCGAAACACCAAGCAUCCCCCACAUCGACAUCCAGCAAGUAAUCACAGGCGGGAUCCAAGGAACAAAAGAGUCCCGCACACUCGACUGGACAGAGCGUGAACACACAGACAACAUUUUUGGCACUUUGCAUGGCCGGUCCCGUCUGCUAGACGGUAAGAGCGAAGACGGUACUUUGCGCCCCGCGCUUGAGGUGCAGACUCUUGUUGGUGAGGCUGAGGCCGAUGCUAAGAUUGGAAAGUUCUUGCGUGGUGAGAUUCUUGUUGAUGGGUCUAAGAGUGAGGGUUUCUCUGGAGAAACUGGGGAGGGCGCUUUUGUGCAGAGCUUUGUGAGGAAUGAUAAGGCUGGGUGGUGUGCCGAGCAGGUUUGGGGCUUUGAGGUUGUUGAGGGAGAGCGCCGUCAUACUCGUCGUGUUGUUGUUUCUAAAGAUGGGAAGCUUGAGAUGGCUCGACUUGUCUACAUUUUCCAGGCUAGACGGGUUGAGGAGUAA